UACCUCUUCGAACGAUUUUGAAUUAUUGGUAACCGAUAAUUUCGCUGGCAAAGGGAUAUAGACUCUACUGGAUCGCUCAAUUAUUUACUUAAUAAACAUAAAUAUUUUGUCGAUCUCGUUAUCACUGUCGAUGUCUUCAAACCAUGUCUGGUGUAACCUGGUAUAAGAGACAAUAUUUGUACAUGUGUAUACGUAAAUUGGGAUAGCGCCUGUUUCGCUAUAUCAAAACACGAUGAAAAUCCGAGAUAGCGUUUUUAAGACAUGCUCACAAUUAAGCGACAGUUGCUUUGCAUAUAAUAAUCAUUGUGUCAAUAGUGUUGUAUUUUCCUCAUGAGUUUAUUUGACUGAAAAAGAGUGGAUUGUAUUAGUAAAAGUGAAACAUAUGAAGUGACAACGUCCUUAAACCAGAUGAUCACAAAAAUCGGGCCGUCUAUUUACAUGCGAAAGGCAGAAUAAGUCACUUUAAUGAUGUUAAUUACAUCAGUAAAAAGAUGCAAAUCGACUCAAUAACGCCUAAUGCCCGAUGAUUAAGUUUGAGUCAACGAAUAGAGGACGCUUGAAUUGGAAAGUAAUUAAAUUUAACGAAACCAUUCAUUGAAGUGAAUGCGGGUGGUAGGUGUGUUGGAAUUCAAAAGGAAACACAAAAUACUUCAACUUAAUAUAUACAAACGACUGAGCGCAUGUCGUGUUCGUAUGCAAACACGUGGAGAAUGGAGAAAGUAAUUGCGGCACUGACGCUGUUUGUGAUAGUUAUAACUCAAAAUUUCGUUUUCAACCAUUUGUAUUCACUGGCAUAAAGCUAUUUGUUACAUGGAAAAGUGUUGUGGAUGACGAAACAUCUGAAUGAUCACUGGGAAGCUGUCUAGUGCAUUGGUAUUUAUAAAUAAGUUUUAUGGAACUCUGUAGAAGCAUGAUUAGACACCGCUAUAGCUAAACAAGCGUCAAAACGGAACAUCCGGUUCUCAAUGACUCGAAACGCGACGGACAUGUCCGCCACGAUUACUUUAAGUCGGCGCAAAGGGACAGGAAGCGGCCAUCCCUUGUGGAUGCGCACGCUUGAAGAGAAGUACCAGAAAUUACAUAAGAAGAUCAUCGAAAACACCGGAAAUGCGCGGUUCUCGAACAGCGUCGGUCGCUCGGUGUAUGAUGGGAGGAUUUCACAGGCUUUAAAAAGAUACAAAACUAUUGCUAACAAAUCGCUGAGAAAGGUCAACGAAAUAAACGGUCAGGAUGAAAGUAAUGUAAACAGUGACAAUGAAAUUGUUGAUUUACCGCCGAAUAUUUCGAACGAGAAUUCGCCAAACCAAUAUUUGGACAAUUGCGACACAAAUAUUGUUGACAAUGAAAUGUGCGCAAACUGCGAGGAAGGUGUAGACAACAAUUCAAAAUCAAAGAGCGCAAGUCCCAUAUGUGACCAAACCGUUGAGGUACACAGGGCUCAAAGCGAGGCGUCUGAUGUCUCAAAACACCACGAGAACCACGAGAAAUCGCUCAAUGAAACUGAAGUUAUAUUGAAAGUGGUUGAUACUGAAAAUUACACAAUUGGCUGUGAUAAAGACACGGAUUUCGUGCCAACGCCACAGGCGGUACCGAGAUUAAAAUUUGAUAAAAGUGAAAACAAAAUAGAACGCGGAGCUGAUAUAGCGAAACCCAGCCGCUAUGAUCGAAAAAAUCUUAAGACGUCGAUAAGUCGAACGAGCAAGAUAACGUCGAAAUCGUGCCCAGCAAAAAUUCAAAAUCAGGUGAAUCGAAACCACGGUCAGAAAACUUUACUGACUUCGCGGAGCAAAAGCGUCAACCGACACAAAAUGUUCACCCCCAUGUCAGCGGAAGCCAAGCAUGCCAUAACGGAGACCAUACAGGAAAUGAACAUCACCGCCUCCAGUCAGACAGAUGGUGAAGUGAAUUUCGUACCCAUCAGAAGCAGAACGUGUGUAAGAAACUGGCAUACGCCUAAAAGAACGAAAGAGUUGCUGAAUUACCGAGUGGUUUUGGAUAGCACGGCCGAGCGACUUGCGAAUAUUGACUGUGACGGGGUGAAUUUGAAUAGUGCUGAAAAACAGAAUUCCGGAAAUGGAGGCUCGUGUCGCUCAUCAGCCGGCUCAGGUACACUGAGUAGCGCGCGUGGGCUCGGGGAAGCCAAACUUCCGGAUAUUCUAAGCGGAAGUGCACGUGACCGUUACCAAGGUAAGAAACAGUCAUACAUACUGCCCGGGAUCGGGAAGUAUCGAAUAUCUCACGACGAACCUGUGUUCGAGAUUACGCCACCUGGUUUUGAUAGUCGCUACAAUGACGUCAUGCCUCACGAAGAAAGGGAGUCCGAGACGCCACCGCCGGAUAUCCGGCAGCGCGCCAUCGAUAAGUGUUCCGCGUGGCUGAUUAAGUACAACAAAUGAAUGCAAUUAACAUAUUACCGGUAUAUUCAGAUGGGGAUUGUGCUAUAGUGUGCUUAUCAACCACCGAGGUCGUUCAAUGACUUUUCAGGCGAAAACAAUCACUUAAACUUACGAUUUAAUGAAACGUUCAAAUUAUAUCGUGAAAAACUGAUUUAUUCACAUUUGUAAAUGACUCUGUUGACUAAUUAGUACUGUACGGGUGUUAAUUGCAGUGAACAAUAAAACAACUUGAUCGCGUAAUCGGUUGAAGUAUCUUGAACGAACACUUUCUGAUAAACAUCAAGGCACAUCGAUAUUUAUGAUGUUUCUGUUAGUUAAUGUAUUUAAUGUUAUGAGUGGAAGGUCCAUUUUCUGUGGAUCAACGUGGUGUUCAAGGCAUAAAUAGAUAACCUUUCUGUAUCAGAGAUGGAUAUCAUGUAGAGAAAAUCCAAAUUUUACAACGGAAUGAAUUGUUAGACAAUGUUAAUUAAAACUGUGCUUUGUUUGAAACAUAUGACAGAGCUUUACAUGCAAGCCCCUCGCAGAGUAAUCGUUAAGUACGAAGAAUCACAAAAAGGCCAAAAGGAUGUCGGGAAAAAACAACGCUGAGUACCGGAAGUUUGCCUUUUCUCGGACACAGCUCCGUUGCUUUCGUUCGGAUGAUAUCUGCAUCGUUCGGUGCCUUUUGUUCUCGAAGAGCGACAUUGUUCUGUUAUUGGAAGUCGGACCGACCGGAAGUAGUAAUUGUGGGAAGGGAAUUGUGUCACUAUGAACGCAAUUUUUUUCGGGACGUUUGGUGUAUACGCAUUUUAACUACUAACUAGACUAUCAUAGAUGCGACAAAUUUCCACGUAUCUUACAUGUAUUAAAGAGCUAGAACACUAACAGUUUUACAAUGAAAAAAGUUCAUGAAGCACCAAAAAAGUUUAUCUAACAUAACAGAAAUUAAAGCGUUGCUCAAAAAACGUUCAGACAAUCAAAAGAUAUAGCCGAAUUCCGUUAUCACGACCAAGCAUACGUCAAAGAGAUGCUGAAAUUCGAUUUGAAGAUAACGAAACGCAACUGUAUAUAUGUUAUGUUUCUCAUUGUAUAUACACUCCGUGCGUAUGUAUUUGUACAUCUUACGUGAAUCCUCAAUCCAUCAUCCAGCCCUUAUUCUAUUCUUCAACACAAUUGUUGAUAAGAGAACUUAAACCAGUUUACAUAGUGUUUUUAAUUAACAAGUUUGUAUUACUAUUAGUAUUUAUUGAAUUUGUGUCCACGAAAUAGUUUGUUUCUCCAUUUUGUAUUCAGAGUUUAUUUAUUUAUUCACGUCAUUGAGUGUUUUUGCGUCCAUGAUGUGAGAGAUUGGCAUUUAUCUUGCUUCAUUCAAUGUCUGCUUAACCGUCGCAAACAUUCUCAUUUUUUAAAAGACAGGAAAUUAUUUAAACAAAACGUUAUUCUUUUAAUUAUUAGAAACAUUAUAAAAAAGCGAUGUAAAAAUGUCCAAGCUACAGGUUUUUGAACCCGUGGCCUGUAGUACCAAAAAUACACGAAACCACUAGGCUGAAAGGAAGUAAAAAUGCUAUGUCGAACAUAUAAUUUCUGCUAAAUUAUCAAUAAAAAGCUUUAUUUUUUGUUCAAAUGUCAAUUAAUGAUUAUCAUGAAAACAACAUUUAAAAUGUGUUUUUAAGUUAGAAGAGUGUUCGUGCGUUUUUAAUAUAAUGCAUAACUCCUGUUUUGAAAACUGUAAUUUUUACCAAACUGUGAACAAGUGCUUUUAAACGGGUUUAUUCGUGUUAGACGUUUUUUUUUCAAAUUCUAAAAACAUUACUUGUGUAUUUCAAUUGGCAAUACAAUAGUAUGGAAUGUCAUUAAAACUGCGAGUAAAUGUUAUUUCAUUUAUGAGUGACAAGGCAUGCGUAAUGCUUAGAGGAUGGAACAAUUGUUGACAGUUUAUAUUGAUAGAAAUUAUUGCAUUAAUGCAACAUGUAUACAUCGACCACUACUCUUUAUCGCCCAAAAUAAUAUUUGAUGAGUUAAAACGUCCAAAAUGAGUGUAAUACGCACACACAUAUAAUAUGUUGUGGAAAAUAUGUGACUGGUUAGUAUAUUUUACUGCAAACACGGUAUACUAUGUGAUAUAGGUUGUAUUUGUUUUAUAAAAAAAUGGACCUAGUUAUACAUUGUUAUCAGUUUUAAACACACCACAAUACGUAGUUAUGUCUAAAGGGUGUUGUGUGUUUAAAGUUUAGAAUGUGACAUUUAUAAUUCAAAUAGUAUCAUGAUUUUAUGUUAUUAUUCAGUAUUAUUGUUUUAUAGAUGUUUCUCUUUGUUUUUAUAUUGUUAUACAUUGUUAAUUUAUUUAAAAACAAUAUAAUAAAAUAUAAUUUUUCAACAC